AUGGAAUACUUUGUGGAUCCUCAGAGAUAUUUCUACUUAAUAAUGCUGCAUAUGAACACGGCAGUUUGUAUAGGCAUUACCGUAUUAGCGGCAACGGGAACAUUAUUCAUCGCGUGUCAAAAGUUCAUCUGCGGACUGUUCGUUAUCGCCAGUUACCGUAUUGAACGUGCAAUGAGGAUCGACACGAUGCGGGAUGUCAACUUGAGUGGCAAAAAUUUAAUUUACGAUAGGAUAAUCAAAGCUGUGGAGAUUCAUCGCAAAGCUAUGAAGCUUUCUAAAUUCCUUAUGUCGAAAUUUGAGGUGCCGUUUGGCCUGUUAAUAAUGGCCGGAGUGGUUAGUUUGAGCCUCAAUCUCUUUCGUAUCUUGUCGUCCGAAUUUAAUAUCGAAGAACUGUCUUUACCCACUGCGUUCGCGCUUAUGAUUACUCUAUACAUGUUCUUGGCCAACUACGUCGGACAAAAUCUUACGGACCACAACAGCCAGAUAUUCGCCACUGUGUAUAGCAUUCAAUGGUACAAAGCACCUUUGCACGUGCAGAAGCUGAUAUUGUUUCUUUUGCAAAAAGGAACCAAGGAUUUCACCUUGAAUGUGGGUAGCCUUCUCAACGGGUCCAUGAAAUCCUUCGCCACGCUGACGAACACGUCAAUUUCCUACUUCACUGUCUUGUAUUCUACGCAAAGAUAA